UACAGUGGACGGGACGGUCAUAAACUAGACGGUCGAAGUGUACUGAACUGUUCAGGCUCUAGAAUAAAAGUACGACAAAAAUGUCCGAAAACGGGGAGCGAGAGGGACCGAAAAGUACAUUUAACACCUAUAUGGCAGAAGGUGAGCAGCUGUUUCAUAAGGGACAGAAUGCCAAAGCCAUUGAGAGCUUUUCUACGGCUUUGAGUUUGCAGCCGGAUGAUAAGAACUGUCUGGUCGCCAGGUCCAGGUGUUAUGUGAAAUUAGGCGACGCAAAGAACGCGCUGAAAGAUGCCGAGACUUCACUCAAAAAUAACAAAGACUUUUUUAAGGGUCUGUAUCAGAAGGCAGUGGCCCUGUACACUAUGGGUGAUUUUGAGUUUGCUUUGGUCUAUUAUCACAGAGGCCAUAAGCUACGACCAGAUCUGCAAGAGUUCAGGCUGGGAAUCCAGAAAGCCCAAGAGGCCAUUUACAAUUCAGUGGGCAGUCCUUCCUCUGUGAAACUACAGACUAAAGGAGACAAGUCUAAUGGGGUUCAUCCCAUACAUCAGAUUACUCCUCGUAAGAAGGAACCCAAACCGCAUGGCCAGAAAAUAGCCAGAAGUGAAAACACAACCAAGCAGCUUUUGGGAGAGCUGUACAGUGACAAAGAAUACUUAGAAAAACUUCUCCAGGAUGAAGAUCUCAUUAAAGGUAAGAUACGCACUGGAGAGCAUGUGCAGGAUCUGAUCAUAGGUUGUAUCUCAUAUCUGGACACCCGGACUGAGUUCUGGAGGCAGCAGAAGCCCAUCUACGCACGCCAGCGGGAGAGAAAACUGAUGCAGCAACAAUGGAACAGUGCCCUUCACAAACCCCCCUCGGACCCCACCUACUAUGUCCUUGCCAGCCUGGAGGAGAUUGAUGCAGGCUUAAGUGCAGGCUUUCCAGAGAAGAGCCUGAAAAAGUCCCGUGAGGUAUUAAAGGCAGUGCACGGGUGGUCAGAAGAGGUCCUGGCCAAUAAAAGAGAAGUGCUUGGGAAUCUGCACAGCUGCAUAGGCAAUGCCCUGAUGGAUCUUGGGAAUAUGGACAAGGCUUUGAAUCAUCAUAAGAAGGACCUGGAGCUGGCAAGGCAAGGUGACCUGACGGACAUCAAAUCCAGAGCUCUGGAUAACAUCGGGCGUGUGUACGCACGCAUUGGCAAGUUUGAGCAGGCCAUAGAGGUCUGGGAGAAGAAGGUACCUCUAGCGUGUGGUGGAUUGGAGAAAGCUUGGUUGUUUCAUGAGAUUGGCCGCUGUUACCUGGAGCUGAAGCGCUACACUGAGGCGAGAUGCUACGGGUUGCACUCUUUUGAGGCCGCUGAUGACAUCGGCGAUGAGAAAUGGCAGCUCAACGCGAGUGUGCUGUCGGGACAGGCAGAAUUAAAGCUCGGCAAUUACAAGGCUAGUGUUGUAAACUUCGAGAAGGCACUAGACCGGGCAAAACUGCUGCAGGAUGACUCUGCCAGAGAAGCCAUCCAGAAGGCUCUCCGGGAGGCGAGACUUAAAAUGGCUCAGUUCACGAUCAGACGGUUUUCAUCGGACUUCACGGGCUCGAGCGUUUGUGUGUCCGUUGUUACAAUUCAACAGUUGAUGGUCAUACAGAUUCAAUGCAGCUUCAAAUUGCCCCAUUACAAUUUCACCGGACGAAAAGAAACAGCCUGCUGCAUAGCAAUGGAAGCCGAACAGAAUCAGGAAGUUCCAGCGGCUGCUGCUGAGACACAGGAAGUGGCGACAGAGCAAAAGAAAGAGGAGCCUAAAUCUGAGGAAGUUGCUGGAGCACCGUUAGAACCGGCAGAGAAAUACGAAACUGAGCAGGAGGCGCCAGAGAAGACCCCAGCGAAGGAGCAUUGUGCUUCAGAUGUGCCAGAAAAGGAAAAAGUGACCGAAUCUGAAGUGAAACUUGAAGUAGCUCCAGAGAAAACUCCAGCUGCUGGGAAACCUGAGGUGGAAGAAUCUGCACCGAAAUCACCCGAGCAGGAAAAGCAGGUAUCUAAUGCAGAACCACAAGUCAAUUCUGAACCUGAGAAACAGGAGGAAGAAGCUGUGAAAGAGGUGGAAGCUAAGAAAAAGGAGGAGCCUGCUAAAGAGGCAGAAUCCAAACCCGCUGCUGUGGAUGAAGAACUUGAUAAAGGUGGCGAGACGAAGAAAGAGGAAGUAAAGGUACAAGCAUCGGAGGGAGCUGAAGCUGAGGUUCCAAAAGAGGCAGAGAUUGAGCAGAAAGAACCAGGGCUGCCUCUGUUCUUUGGCUGGUUCCUGCUUCCAGAGGAAGAGGAGCGGAUAAAGUGUGCCACCAUGGACUUUCUCAAGACACUGGACACUCUGGAGGCCUUCAAACAACACAUCAUUGAAUUUACUGGCGAGGCAGAGAAAGAGGUUGAUUUUGAGCAGUACUUUCAGACUACAGGUCCUCUCCAUUGUACUACAAAGUUUUGUGAUGAUGGCAAGGCGGAGGGGGCAAAGGAAUAUGCAGAGCUAGAGGUGGUCAAAGAUUCUUUCGAUAAGUCUGAUGAGAUUUCCGUCACUGCCCUCAUAGUGACCCCUCGCACGUUUGGGGCCCGUGUGGCAUUGACCGAAACGCAGAUGAAGCUGUGGCCUGAAGGGGGAGACAAAACCGGGGCUCCUGAAGCCCUUUUGGCCAGCAUUGAGGCUCUCCCAGCCGGCAGCCGUGCCCACGUCACGUUAGGCUGCUCAGCAGGUGUGGAAGCCGUUCAGACCGGUCUCGAUCUGCUGGAGAUCCUGGCUCUGCAGAAAGAGGGCAAGGAGGGCACCCAAGUUGAGAUGGAGCUGGGUACAUUGUCUUACCUAGGUGAGGGCCGUUGGUUCCUCGCCCUGAGGGAAGAAAUUAAAGCAGACACCAAAUUCUCUAGCUUCUCCGAAGACAAACCUACCAAUGACCAGGUCAAAAAGGACGGAGACAAGAAGAAGAAAAAGUGUACCAUUCUGUAAGCGAAAAGCAAAGAGAGAGGAAGAGGAAGAGACAUUUCCUGAGGGCCCUAGCUGUGAAUGGUGUCAAUUUUUGCAUGUGUGUAGGCGAAAUGCGUGUGUGUUUUGCAGCUUUAGUGUAUGCACGGGGAUGGCUUGAGAUGAUUUGGCCGGCGGUGUGACACCAGACGUUCCAAAGCAGCUUGCUGGUGCCUUUUCCUGGCAACACAAGCUCAGAGGCCUUUGUAUCUGCCUUAAGGUCACGGAUCACUUUGCUGGAUUCACUCUGCGUCAGGUGCUAAUUCAUGUGGCCUUGUCCACCACACCAUCCCUGUGUUCCCUUUACACAGGUGCAUUCACGAAUGGUCUUCCCUACAUUUGACAUAUUAUAGAGCACUUAGAUUUAGCACAACUUUGCUGGUUUAAAUAAACUGCUUGUACUCGAUUCUUGUAUUCAGACUCUCUUUGUAAUGUUAAAAGAUUUAGACACCUUUUAGAUCUUCUAACUCUGAGGAAAAAACACAAUCAGUCGUUUUGAUUGUUCCUCAAAGAGACUUUGCUAGGGUUUAGACUGUGACUCUGUUAGUUUAGCGUGUCAUUUUUCACUGUCCCCAACUCUCUUCUGCUUUUGCGGGGCUGGUACGAUGAAAAAUAUUAAUAUGAAAAAAAAAUACACGCUACACCAUUGUUAUAAUCUUGAAUCACUGAUAUUGUCUGUUCUGAUUGUCUGUUGGGAGUCUGUGCGUGCAUGCCAACAUUUUUACAUUGUUUUCUUCUUUGCAAUCACAUAAAAUUCACCAAGGUUUUUUUUCAAUCAAAUAGUGCUCCAUACAUUCUGUGGGAUGUUUUUUAGGCUGAUUUGUGCGUCUGAAUCUUGUCUCUCUGAGCUUUCUUCCCAUUUACAGUGUUGUCAAACCAGUGUAGCCUGUAUUUCUGAUUGGAUAAGUUGAUACAAUCAGCUCCUUCCUAAAACAAGUGUAUUCACAUGUGGUAGUACAUUUACUCUCUCUCUUUCAUAUCAGUUCUGCAAAAUGUGCACUCUAAAUACUGUGACAAGCAUCGAUCUGGUGCCUUCCUUAUCUGUAGCUUUGUAGAUGGCUGAAGCCAUGCUUAUCUUGGGUCUCUGAUAUCAAGGCACUAUAUUUUUGCACUUGCCAUGUUUUUCUUUUGAUUUUGUACACUUAAUAAAGAAUGUGCUUGGCUCUGAUGA